GUGCACACUGGAAACUCAAAGCAUGACUCUAUAUUGUACUUUUGUAAUGUACAAUUAUUGCUGUGGAGAGCAGCGAUGGAGAUGUUAGUCCUCUUUCCUUCUCCAUCCCCCUUGCCCUGGUGCCUGUGAAACAGAGCAUCCCCAUGGCAACAGCAGCAGCUGGUCCCUAGAUAAGAGGAGCUGAAGCCGGCCAGCAGCAGCCACUGCCACAGAGGAGCCAGGCCCAGCUUCGGUGAGCACACACGCCCUCCCUGUCUCUUGCCUUCUCGUCUCUGCAUCUGCACUGAUUGUGCUGGAGAAGAAAUACAUCCACCCACCCUCAUUUGAUGAUGUCCACUGAGCAAAUGCAGCCACUGGAACUCUCAGAAGACAGACUGGACAAGCUAGACUCUCGUUGCAGCCACUUAGGUGAUCUUUCAGACCAGUUCAUUAAGGACUGUGAUCUCAAAAAGAAGCCUAGAAAGGGAAAAAAUGUACAGGCCACCCAGAAUGUUGAGUCAGACCAAAAAAAACCAAGGAGGAAAGAUACACCGGCGCUGCACAUCCCGCCUUUCAUACCAGGUGUGUUUUCAGAACAUUUAAUUAAAAGAUAUGAUGUUCAAGAAAGACAUCCAAAGGGCAAAAUGAUUCCUGCUCUUCAUAACACUGACCUGGAACAGAAAAAGCCAAGGAGAAAAGACACACCUGCCCUGCACACGUCCCCCUUUGCAGCAGGUGUGACAUUGCUCAGGGACGAGAGACCCAAAGCAAUCGUGGAAGAUGACGAAAAGGAUGGUGACAAGAUAGCUAUUUAAAGAUAGUUCCCCUGAGACCACUUGUAAAUAGGUUAGAUUGGUUCCCUAUGGUGACCUAGAGAAAAAAUAGACUUGUUUCUGCUCUCGUUUUUGUCAUCAUCUGACUUUAAGAUUCAGACACCUUCUCCCAAGGAGAUGUAUGCCAUCAAAUUGCCAGUCACCUCUUUGUCUCUGUCUUCUUUCUGAGUAUGGUUUCUAUUCUGUGUUUUGAAUUUUUAUUUUCUAGUGUAGUGGAAAAGAAACAGAUCAUCCUAAAUGAGGAGGUAACAGGGAAAGCACUGGGGUUCAGUUUCUGCAUCUUCUGGAUCAAUUCAUGGAGGAAAGAUUGUGGAUUACAUGGGCUCCUUCUUGGUUUUUGCUGCUGAGCAGGACUUGACUUAGCAUCAUCCAAGCACCAGUCCAAGUGGGGUUCCCUGUUGCCAGUUAGAUGAAAUUGUUUGGACUCUAACUCACUGAUUGCUUUGGAAAAAAAGGUCUUUUAUUUCUCCUGUCCUAUCUUAAGGGUCCAAAUGUCUCUGGUGAAGUUCCUAAGACCCUUGUCCCAGAUACUCUAAAUGUGACUAUAUGAGCUGGGGGGGUCAACCCAGCCCACCAUGCCUUGGCUGAUGAUCCCAGAGGCAGAGAGUGCUGGUCUGUCUGGGAAGCUUAGCAAUGCAUCUUCAAAUUUAUUUUUAUUUUUAAAAAUAUUUCUUAAACAUGCUGUCCCAACAUUUGUGAGUUGUGUCACAAGUGAGUAAUUAUCAAUGGUAGAUAAAAUAUCAAUGAUUGUGAUGAAUUUACUUAAAAAAAUUAGUCAGUGAAAGCCAUUCUGUUAUUUUUAGUAUUCUCACUUAUUUAGACUUCAAUACACUUUCCUGGACGAGAGGGGAGAGUGUGGUGUUAGCUAGUGAGCGGAGGUCUGUAUAUUGUUCUUGCCCCAGCCUGCAAUCUGUGGCAUACAGGCCUCAUCCACCAGGCAAUAGACAGGAGAGAGGUGAGAACUAUUCUUCGAAGGAGGAAAAGUAGAUACGCAAAUUGUCACAACUAAGAGUGAUAAUUUGGUAGCUCUGUAUGUAUGCUGGUUCCAACUGUUUAAUCCCUUCUGUCUUUCUGUUCUCACAAAGAUGGAAAAGAUGCAGGAGCUUGCCGGAAAUAAAGCUACAUCUAUCCACA